AUGGCUGAACGUAGUCAAAUCAAAUCAGGUAUGAGACGGUAUCGUCUUCGUCGACAGAAGCCAACUUGGACAUAUGCUUGUCUAUUUGAUGUCAUAUAUCAUCAUGAGGAUAUAAGGAGAGUUGCGGUUGAUGCGACGUACGGUCAGUGGUGGGACUAA